AUGAAAGUUAAAAUAGGAGAUGUCGUAUUACCAGGCGAUUACUGCGAUGAAAUAAUGGCUGUUGGUGUAAAAUCCAAAGUUGUAUUAGGGCCGGGUUUACGGAAAGAAGUGGAUCAAGUCUACAUCAUGAAGGCGGGAGUUUUAAGGAAACGAAACCCCAAUACAUUUUGGGUGGAUAGUUAUCAGAAGCGAUACGUCCCUUCUAGAAGUGAAAAUGUUAUUGGUAUAGUAGUUCAAAAAAGCCGGUGA